AUGGCGAGAAAAGGAAUCGCAAAAGACCAAAUCGUCAAAUUGAUUGUCGGCGCAGGGCAGGCGUCGCCGUCACCGCCAGUCGGUCCUGCGCUGGGUAGCAAAGGCGUGAAGAGUAUGGACUUCUGCAAGGAGUUCAACGCACGAACAGCUCACUACACAGCCGGAACCCCCAUUCCUGCACGCAUCACUGUCCGCCCCGACCGUUCCUUCCACUUCUCCCUCCGCACACCUCCCACCGCAACUCUACUCCUCAGCGCGGCCGGCGUGCUGCCCACCAAGCACAAGAUACGUGGCGCCGGCAACGUCCCGGGUCCGAUGAACAAUCAUGACGGACAAAGAGGCAAAACAGCGACGAAUAGCCCAACGGUGGGCAAUGCGACCAUGGGCACGGUUGGGACUGUGAGUUUGAAGCAUGUAUACGAGAUUGCAAAGAUCAAGCAUAGUGAAACUAGGUUGAGUGGGUUGAGCUUGGAAGGCAUUGCGAGGAGUGUUGUUGGGCAGGCAGGAAGUUUAGGUGUGGUGGUUGUGCCGUAG